AUUCGUUAACCGAAUUUUUGUUCGUUAACCGAAUUGAAGAUCCUUAUGAACUAAGUACACAAAAAGAAGUACAAGAUGUGCAACAUGGAUGAGACAGGCCACUGCUGGAAGUUCCUGCCUAACAACACAGUAGCAUCCUGGUGGAAGAGCCGGACCCCUGGACUCGAGGCCAGAAAGCAGUGUGUCAGUGCUAUAAUGUGCCAAUGCUUCUGCUGCCCAUGGUGGUGAGAAAUGUGCAGAAGCACCUCCAGAUGACAGCCCCCAGACAAGAGGUCAAGACCUUGCUCAUUCUUGACAGUGCAUCUGGCCACCCUCAGGAUGACUUACAAAGUGCUGAUGGGUGCAUCAGAGUGAAGUUCUUACCCCUUGACACCACCUCACUCACACAGCCCAUGGACAAAGGGGUCAUUCUGGGCUGGAAGCAAAACUACAUGUUCCUUCUCUCGAAUGAUGUUCUGAUAGUGGAACUGGUGUCAAAAGGGAAGGAAGAUAAUUAGGGGGCCAGGACACUGAAGCACAUUAAGGACUACAUAAUCUGGGAUGCAGUGUUCAAGCUCAAGAUCAUGGAAACAACACUCAAGAAUGUGUAGAAGAAGCUCCUGAAUGGUGGUGGUGCAGAGGUUCUGUUACUGCAGGAGGAUGCAGAAUUUGAGUUCUUCAAAAUGGAAGAGGUCCACAGUUUUUUCCAUUACAGUGGUGACAUUGCUCAGACUGUGGAGGAUGUACAUGAGUGGUUGCAGGUGGAAGCCGGCAAUCCUGAUUAUGGUACCCUCACCCAGGGGGAAAUAGUUGAAGGUGUCAUCAGGUCCCAUGAAGAAGGACAGGAGGAGGAAGAGGACGAUGGAGAGGAAGAAUUGGAGGAUGGUACCACCACUGGUCUCAGAGAGGCGAGAACAUCCAGUACCUGGACCGCCUCCUGUAUUAUACGGCUACCACUGACAUCCUAAGCUUUCUUCCCUUUUACCAGAACUUUUCGGAGAUGAGAGCAGUUGUCAUAGAUGAACUGGAGAAGAGGACAGGAUGAAGCAGUGUAAGAUUGGGGGUCUUCUUCCCCAAGAUCCCCACUCCACUCCUUGUGCUGUCUGCUAUGGCCCCAGUCCACAUCCCUCAAUGUCAGAGAUUGCACACCUACUGUACCUUUACCAUCACCACCACCAUCUCAUGCUUCAUAAUCAUUCUAUCCAUCACCACAUGCCUCGUCAUCACCCUGUCCAGCAAUUGAUCGGUGGUGGAAAUAAUUUGUUUCACUCCUGAUUUGCCUCUUUUGUUCGCGGAGGGAAGGGAAAGUAACAGUUAGGACAAGCUGCUACAUAGAUGGUACAGGACAAAGCAAGCCAUCCUUUAUCAUCAUAUCACCAUUUCGCCUGCCUGCAUAACAAGCUCAAGAUGACAGCAUCUGUUGUUGUAAUGACAAAACAUCACAUGUUGUUUUCCUACAAUGAGUGUCGAUUGUCAGUAGUGCACCUCACACGUUCACCACCGGAGGGACAUAAAUUUGAGCGAUUAUCUGCUUUGGAUCCCAAGAUACACACCUGUGAAGUUGCUGGGCCUUCAGGCAGACGAUUUGAACGGAAGUUAUCGGCAAAUCUUUCUGGUGAUAUGAUAGUAGUGUGGUGGCAGACAAGUGAAGAUGAGGUGUACCCGUGGAGUCCUCUUGCGAAAGACCGCGAUCGUGCAAACAUUCUUGUAUAUGCUCUACACGGGACAAAUCUUGAUUUGAUGUGUUAUUGUCGCACAGAAAUGGCACCUCUUAGUGUCUCUUUCAGCAAGGUUCAACCUAAUGUACUGCUGACUGUGGAACAGGGCUUUGGAAAAAAGGGAGGUGUGACAGUGCUCAGCUGUGUGUAUGAGGUGGAGAGAGGCGCAUUACAUCGUUUAACUGUAACCACUAUCCCCUUAGAAGCUCCACUAAUGGCACACUCACACAACCCAGCAGAGGAUCGUUUACUUCUGGCUUGUAACAAUGGUGUUUUGGCAUUGCACUGUGACUCUCGUGGCAUGACACACGUAACAAAAGCAGGACUAAUACCAUCUAGUAUUGCUUGGUUGGACUCAGGGAACUUAGUUGUUGUGAGUAAUGAAAGAGGACAGAUCCAGUGUUUUGAUUUGGCCUUGUCUCUCAUUAGAUUGCAAUUAAUUAUGGAAGAUCCUAAUCCUCAAAGAAUUCUUGAUUUUUCUGAACACUUUUGCCAUCAACAGUCCCUGUUAAAGCUUGCAUGGGCCCCAAUCAGAAAACCUGAAGAUUCCCUGCUAAAAAAUAAUCCCCACUUACUUUUACUCCAUUAUAUUCGGGGACCCAUAGCUUGCUUGCGUGUUGAUGUCAGUGCAGUGAGCAAAGAUGGUCUCACAGCCUCAGCACUGGUGGCUCAAUAUAUCAAACAUCGUCAGCUAGAUGAAGCCGUGAACCUCCUGGUUUCCCUGAACUGGGAUCAAGAAGGAAGUAUAACCAUGCGAUGUUUAACCUCCAUUGUCAACCAUCUGUUACGUUUGUCAGUGACUCCCCAAAGAGAAAACCAGUUAGAAGGUGCCUUGGGAAGUUUUCAUGUUCCAGUCCAGCCUCUCAGUCAGGCCGUUGAAGAGGAGUUUGGCCCAGCGGUGAGGGCACUGACUCGACGAUUCUUCUUUCAGGUACUUAGGUCUGGUAGACUGGAAAAGGCAUUUCGGCUAGCUCUUGAUUUGAAGGAUUAUGACUGCUUUAUGGCAGUCAAUACUGUUGCUAGACGCCUUGGAGACAGCCAGAUAGCCACAACAGCUUUGGAAAAUGCCCGUGACUUAGAAUCAUCGUGCAGCUCUAGUGCUUCAUGCAGCUCAGUACUGUAUGGAGAAUCUGGUGCUGGUUCAGCCUCAGAGUCCUGCAGCGAGUCAUGUUCCACCUGUUUUUCUGAUAGUGGCUCAGCCAGUGGUUCAGACUAUAGCAACCAAAGGAGAAGAGGAGAGGAGUGUGGAGAUGGGACACUUGAAGUUAUUACAGAAGCAAAACCUCCACAAGAUCUUCAUCAGCCUACACAGAUGUAUGGCUUUCGCCAGGCGAGAUCUACUGGUGAUCUGCUCUCCUACUGCACCCAUCUUUGGUCAUCCUCUCUUAUGGAUUAUGGGAAAACUUUCGUCAUGGCCCUCGACACCUCCAAAGCAUUUGACAGGAUGCCAGGAAUGCAGUAUUUGUCAUUUAAUGACAGUCCAGCCCAUAGUAGUGGUACUUCUGCAGCCACGCCAGUAGACUAUCCCCCCUCUUCUCAGACCCACACCACAGCCAUCACCUCAGAAGAUGGCACCGUCACAAUUAACAUUCGACAGCCAGAUCGCAGUACUAAGAGUACACUAGGACAUUCAGUUGGCCCAUUUACAAGAUCAAGCACACUGGCUGCUGUGCAUCCUUCCCAAGGGAACAGUAUAAGACCAUCAAGGACAGUGAGGGAGGUUUUCUACUCUUCUGAUCCAAAUGAAGAAUUUGUUGAUUCUGAGACAGUCUCCGUUUUUGUCAACAAGGAUGAGCUGCAAAAUCAGUAUGACCGUGCUGUAUAUCAUGGCAUGGGUGUUCAGUCUGUGAUGAAAGAGACCCCCUGGUGAGGCCAUAAUUAGAAUUACAGGAAAUUCUUAUAAAGGUGUGGAUUGAGGGAGUCACAGGAUUCACCCCUCGGAAAUGAAUGGACCUGCACCUAUUAAGGAUAUAUUUUUUGCACUUGUAUAUUCAACUGUGGAACACAAAAGAAUACUGUGAACAUUCAUCUGCCUUCUGAUAUCACCCACACCUGCUCACCCAUCCAGGAGUAGGGUGUCACAUUAUGAGUACGUACCUCGGGGGAAAACUAUAAAAUAAUUUAUUCCACUGUCAAAGGCAACUACAUAUACUGUAUAUGUGAACUCUCCUUGUUAAUGAAAUAACCACUUAUCCACUCAAA